AUGCAAGGAUCGAAGGACAUUCGCGCAACAACAUCUUGCAGCGAGUGCCAACGACGGAAACAGAAGUGCUCUCGAGAGUGGCCUUGUAACCAUUGUCAAGCCAGAAAAGUACCUCAUUUGUGUCAAUUUGGUCAGCGAAAAGGCUGGAAGGAAUCGUCAACAGAAUCUCCUCCGGAGUUGAGAGGACAAAAAAGAAGCAAUGCAGACUCCAAUAAAGAGUCACCCCCAUUUCGAUAUGUAUCUAGUGAGGGCGGUCAGGACGGUCUAAGAGCGUGGGGCUACAUGCCUGGUCAUGUUCACUUCACCCUUGGACGUGCUAGUCUAGAGGACUCGGCCUCAUCAGCGACCCAGGUGCGCCCACAGCAAUCGCAAGAAGUUGAAAAAGUCUUAUAUACUAUUCCGACAAGAACAUUGACUGACGCAAUCAUUAACCAUUUUCUCAACCACGUGAAUUCGCGGUACAACUCGAUAUAUGCGCCUACAUUUACUGAUCAGUACGUUCAAUGGUGGUUUGAUCGCAUCAAUGGGAGUGGGUUGUCGCCUGUAUUCACAUGUCUUCUCCUGAGGGUAUGUGCGUACUCGGUUCAAUAUCUAACCUCCGAGUUGCGCAAGACCAUCGAAUUCGAGCUAGCAUGCAACAUACAGGUAUUGACGGAAAGAUUCUACCGCGCUGCAGAGCAAUUAAGUUGCACGUUCACCGCAUCGAACACCAGCUUAGAGCGAGUGCAAGAAUUGUUUCUGAAGGGGGCGUGGCUGAAGUCUGAUUCUCAAAUAGUCGAAUCAUGGCACAGCUUAGGGUCCGCCAUUCGUGAAGCUCAAGAGCUCGGACUUGACCGAGAUGUAGGUAUCGCGGGACUAAGCGAAUUCGACAUAGAGAUUCGACGACGUCUCUGGACACUGCUUUUUAUUUGGGACUGGCAGAUGUCAGCCUGGCUAGGGCGACCGCACCUCAUCGAUCAGAAGGACACCACCUUCGUCUUCCCAAACCUGAGGCUCGAAGAGUCAAAGUCGCAGCCAAACCUGCUUUCGCCAUUCGCUCACAUCGCUCUACAAGCUCACCUCGCCCGAAGAGUGGCCAAGCAGAUGGGUAAUGUUCUCAAUAUUGUGGACUUAUCUACGAAAGAUGUCCUUGCAGUAUUGGCCGAGUGCGAGACGUUCAUCGAUGAACUUCCUCCAGUCUUCCGAAUAGAUAACCCUGAUACAUCUCUCGAUGAGGAACAUCCGUACUAUGUUCUACAACGACGUCAACUGCAUGUGGUCAUUUGGAUGACAAUGGUUGACCCCCUGAAACCUUAUCUUACGAGGAGCCCAGAUCAGAAGGCUUCCUCGUACGACAUCAAAUUUCGCGACAGGGGAAUUGAUCUUAGUCUCAAGCUAUUAAAAGCAGCUCGCCUACUAUUCGAUCACGAGUUUCCUAUCAACUCCAGGUUUCAUCUAGUCAUUUUCUGUGUUUUUGACACUGCGACAAUUCUCUGCUCCGCAAUCAUUCAUGACACCAGCGAUCGGUUUCCCCAUCGCGAAGAGGUUAUGGGUGCGGUCGAAACUUCACUCGAAAUGCUGCAUCAACUGAGUCCCACCAGUAGGAUUGGGGCUUCUUCGUACAAGUUCCUCUUCAACUUGGUACAAGCAACCCCACUUCUUUUAAGAAGUAGUCGAUCUCAAAAGCGCCAAAAGACAAAUUGUAGUAAAACACCCGAAACUCAACUAACACCACCAAGCGAUCCCCCCGCCCAAACGAUUUUGAAACCAGUGAACACCAUGAUGGACGGUAUUCCUGAAAUUUCAACAACAGAUGAUCUCUCCUUUGACCUGGAUCAAUUCCUUCUGCAAAAUCCUUUCGAGAACUCAAAUCAACUCGAUAUCGGGGGAAUGGAGCAAAUCUGGGAUUGGGAUACUUUGAAUCUUGAUGCAUACUUUAAACAGAGCGAAGGAGUCUGACUGGGCAGCUGCCGCAGGCUCACUGCCGCAGAGAAAACCACUCGUCCAUGUACUCAAAUACGUUCUCCCUUCCGAUUGCGAUUACACUAUCUAGAAGUGGCUUCUGAAUGGCCCCAAGCCUGUGGCUACGCUACACGAACUCUUUCAUGGCCAGUUAUGCUAUGAACCACGGAUCCACAAUAUGUGUUUAAUCGCCCUGUCU